CUAAUGACUCCUUUGUACUGUAUUGCCCGCUAAUUACGAAUUACAAAUAUGUAACGCGUAACAAAGAGUGAACGUUUUAGAAGAAGAAGAAGAACAAGCCUUAAGCAAGCUGAACCUGCAGAGCAAUGAACAAACCCAUUUUGUAAUAAGCUUCCCUUUUUGUACUCGAACAGCGUCUUUCAAUUUUUAAAUAUACCUCUAUUGUGCCAGUACUCCGUGUUCUUACUUCAAUGGCAUUUGUCGGUCCUGACUGUUGUGUUGUGUUUCAGAUCGCUCCUGCUUGCAAGUAAACGCUAACAGUACGUGCUACAAGUGGUGAUGGAGGUAUCUAUUGCAAAACGCGACGAAAAUUAUGAUGAACCACCAGUCAUCCCAAGCAAGGUAGCAGCCAGCACAACACUUCGUCAGCCAUCACUACCGAGCCUCAUCAGACUAUCCUAUUUGGACAGUUAGAGUAAUGACGUGUUCACGUCAAUUUCCAACAACGGAACAUUUUGAAUACCUCUUGUCUUAUUUAGAUGAUGAGGCAGCGAAAAGAGCCAUAGCCAACGGUUUAGCUGCGUCCAAUUUACCGUCCCAAAAUUGGAGAAAUUUAGACGAAUGCUUUUCUCUAACGGUGGACAAUCGGCUGACAACUAUCGAGUUUCUGUCUCGGCGCCAGGCUACGAGUGAAGAACCCAUCGAUUACCUUGAUUCCUUACAGCAAGCAGCUAUCCAAGCUUUCCCAGCCUAGACUUCUCGGUUCGAGAACUAGUACGCUCACGAUUUGUAGAGGGACUUCUGCCGGGUGCACUGCGACAGCACCUGUUAUGCAUGCCACCUAACAGUAUACAGGACCUGAAAAUCACAAUCCUUCGUCUGACGCCCGCCAAAAAGUUAUCAAGCACUGCAACUGCAACCUAUUCGACGGCAAUGGCUAUCGAAGAGUUGAGGGUCGCGCAUCAAUUUGAUUCUGCACAAACCAUUUCCGCAGUCAGUUAUCGGCCCGCUAGACAACCAUUACGAGGCAAUCAGCAGAAUUGAAAAGCCGAAUGUUUUUACUGCCAAUGCUUCGGUCGUAGAGGCCGGAAAUUCGAGGAGAACAGAGGUAAGCAGUGUCGUUAUCAUAUAUCUUGUUGCUAUGUUAAACAUUUAUGCCUCUUUACUAUUAGGGGUAGAGCGCAAAGUACUGAGAUUGAUAUAUAUUAGAUACGGGAGCUUCAGUAUCCCUGAUCAAGGAAGACCUCUUGCAGAAACUCAACUACAAGACGCAGCGGAAACAAUGCUCCUCUGCAUUAAUCACAGCAAGCGGAGACCCCUUGAAAGCGUGUUCUAAGAUAGGGUUAGAGUUAACGAUAGACAAGAAUCCUUUUCAACAUGAAUUCUUGGUUUGCCCCACACUGACUUGGAACAUUAUACUCGGGGUUGACUUCAUGUUAAAACACCAGGUCUCUAUACACAUGGAUAAGUCAAAAGCUAGUAUUAGUGGGGUUGUCGUGCACCUACAACACCAUGAAAUGCCAACUGAACCCGUAGCCCAGGUGGGAAUUUCAGAAAUUGUACGUCAGGUACAGGAUAAUCAAAUAAUAAGCGAAAAGGACCGUCGAGCAACCAUUGAUGUACUUCAACAAUUUAGUUCUGUUUUCUCGGGGAAUGUAUCUGGAAAUCGGACGACCACUGUGCAACACUCCAUUCUCACAGGUGACUACAUGCCAUUACGCCAACCACCUCGCAGAGUACCCGUACACUAUCAGCCUCAGUUAGAAUCAAUGAUAAGAGAAAUUCUAGAGAAAAAGAUCAUUGUACCGCAUUCAUCACCCUGGGCUUCUCCCAUUGUUCUAGUGAGGAAGAAAGACUCCUCUCUCCGAUUAUGUAUAGAUUCUCGUCGCCCUAAUGCUAUAACAAAGCGUGACUCCUUUCCACUUCCGCGGAUCGAUGCUACGUUAGACGCUAUGAAAGGUGCGUGCUGGUUCUCGGCUUUAGACCCAGCAUCCUGAUACUGGCAAGUGGAAGUACGACCCCAGGACAGAAAGAAGACUGCAUUCGUCGUGCCAAAUGGACUUUAUGAAUUGCAAGUGAUGCCCUUCGGGCUAACUAAUGCAUCAGCCACCUUCCAACGAUUGAUGCAGACACUUCUACAAGGCCUCGUACCGCACAAAUGCUUAAUUUACCUUGAUGAUGUUAUUGUGUAUGGCAGCACUCCAGAACAGCAUAAUGCCAAUUUGAGGGUAGUCCUACAACGUAUUAAGCAGCACAACUUAAAAGUGAAACCAUCUAAAUGUCGACUAUUGCAAAAAGAAGUGCUUAUUUUAGGGCAUCGCAUUACGGAAGAUGGAGUAGCAACGGAUAAGGAAAAAACGAGCGCCAUUAUUAAUUGGCUACAACCGAGGAUGUUCGCAGCUUCCUGGGGCUCGCCUCUUAAUAUAGACGUCUCGUAUGCGAUUUCUCAUCCCUCGCAGCACAUUGACAUCGCUUGACGCAUAAAGGACGAAAUUUUUUUGUGAACCACAGAAUGUCAACAGGCAUCUAGCACUUUAAAGUCAUGUCUUGCUGCUCCACCCAUACUGGCUUUUCCAGACACUUUGUCUAAAGCGGGUGAGUUUAUACUUGAUACAGAUGCUAGCUCAUCAGCUAUUGGAGCAGUCCUGUCUCAAAUAGCACAAGAUGGACAAGAGCGGGUCAUAGCCUACGCUAGUCGGCGGUUAGAUAAGAGAGGGACAAGGUACGCGCCGAGAGAUUCUGGCUUUGGUGAAAUUUUUGCAGCAUUUUCGUCAACACCUCCUAGGACGACCCUUUCGUGUACGCACAGACCACCGCGCACUACAGUGGCUUCGUUCGUUCCGUGAACCAGGAGGUCAGGUGGCGUGCUGGCAGGAGAGUUUGCAGGAGUUUGAUUGUACUUGCGAAUACCUACCCGGUAGCCGACACACAAAUGCCAAUUCUCUGCCUCGUAUACUCUAUUCCCCUAAUACUAUUAGUGUUGUCCUUAGCACAGCCCCCAAGAUCGACUGGCCGUCUCUUCAAGCAGCAGACCCUGAUCUGUGAUUCAUUUAUCCAAGGCAAUUACAUAGAAAUAAUAAACCAUCUAUGACAGAGUUGAAGGAUCAUUCCUUGGCGAUGCGCUGUCUUUGUGCCAAGUGGAGCAGUCCGAGAUUGUAGGGAGAGACGUUAUUUAUAACCAGUGAAUCAAAACAGCCACUGUUGAUAGUACCACAUGUACAAGUUCAGAAUAUUACGGAGCAAGUGCACCGAGAACCUUGGCACUCGGUGCAAAGGGAAGACCGAACAUGCGAUCUGCCAGAGGUUUUGGUGGCCAUCCAUCCAUGAAGACGUAGCAGAGUUCUGCAAAAAUUUUAGCACAUGCUAUGCCAUUAAGUCACCCCAACAAAUACCCCGUGCACCCUUAGUUCCAAUGACGACAGAAGGUCCACAUCAGCGAGUUGGUAUCGAUAUUAUGGGGCCACUCACAACGUCAAAGAACGGCAACCGCUAUAUACUGGUGGUGGUAGAUUAGUUUGGCAAAUAGUGCGAAGCCGUUCCUAUGCCACAACAAGAUGCCCUCAUAGUUGCUCGGCCUUUAAUUGAUCACUGGGUAUCUCGGGACGGCGCUCCAUUCUGACCAAGGUGCAGCUUUUGAAAGCCAUCUCGUCGCCCAGGUAUGCCGUUCAUUGGGAAUCCGCAAAACGCGCACUACUGUAUACCACCCAGAAGGUAACAGCUUGGUGAAAAGAACAAACAGGACUAUCAGAACCCUCCUACAAUCGUUUAUCACGUACCGCUCAUCACUGUACGGAUCCACGGGAUUUUCACCUGCGACCUUACUCUUUGGACAUGAAUCGCGCCUACCUGUUGAGCCAUAAAUACCGUUGUUACCAUGCGAGGCUCAAGAUAAUGUACUAUACAUCCGUAACUUUCACAGCUAUCUAGCCGACGCAUAUCACCUAGCUAAGAUCAACCUACAAAAUGCUAACAAACACCAAAAGGAUGUGUACGACCGCAAGGCGAAUGGACCCGUGUAUAAACCCGGAGAUCGUGUUUGGCUGCACCGUCCUUUGGCCCCACC